AUGCACUUACCUGGUCCUUCCAUUUUUCCCAAUUCGGCUAAAACCGGUGGUCAGCAGAUGUACAAUAUUCUGAGAAACUGCAACAUUAAUGUUCAAUCCGUGUGGAUUCAGGCCUCCUUGGCGUACGCCGUCGACUUGUCUGCUCCAGUUUCUGUUGCAGGAUUCCAGUGCAUGCGUAACAAUCUCUACAAUGUUGCCUUCAUCCGAGCCUACACUCCUACUGGUCAGGGACAAAUCGAUCCUUACGCAUGUGCCAACAUCCAAAACGCCAAUGCUGCUGGAAUGGGAACCGAAGUCUAUAUGACUCCUCAACCCAACUCGGCCAAAACCGGUGCUCAGCAAGUUCGAUGA